AUGUUUGCUUCAGCUGCUUUGGUUGCAUCGCUUGUCAAGAGCAAGGCAUUUCCCCUCAAUGAUACCAUUCACACUACUAGAGAUAUCAACACUAAGCUUGACAUUUCCCCUGAACUCAUCCAAGCAGUGACAGCCGAACUGAAAAAGGAGAUUGAUGCUGCUUCUACUACUGGAAGUCAAACCACCAUUGUAGAUGAAGAUGCCUCUAUUCUCUUGCAAUCCAGAGUCAAGCAUGCCAUUGACUAUCUUUUGGCUCCUUCUUCCAAUGACUCGCAAGUGCGUCUUGUCGAUGCCAAUCAUGCUGUGGACUAUGUUACCUACGGUCUCUCUGACAUUGUGUUUGUCUAUCCCGGUUUUGCCUCCGGUUAUCUCGGCCAAGAAUUACCUUCCUGGGCUGCUGCCUCUGUCCGCAAUGCUAAUGGUGAAUUGGUCAAGGUUGUCGAGAUGGAGACCCGUGCUGGUGCUCUUCAAGCUGUUCAAGGUGCCCUUGCUGACUCACAGAACAAGCACCUGUCCGUCUUGGCUUCUUCUCAAGCCUUGCUCUCCAUGAUCCCCAACUUGCAUGCCUUGGCUGUGGAUCGUCAACCUGUUGUUUUCCAUGUAGCUGCCCAAUCCAUCGAUCAAGACUUGGUUGCCUCUGCUAAUGUCGACGCUGUCCUUGCAGCUCGCAACACCGGUGCCAUUUUGUUGUCUUCUUCCAAUGCUCAGGAAGCCCAUGAUAUUGCUAUUGUUGCUCAUUUGCUUGCUCGCUCUGUAGGUUUGCCUGUGGUUCAUUUCUUCAAUGGUGUUACUGCUUCCAAGGUCAUUGAAAAGGUCAACCUCACCUCCUAUGCUCAAUUGGCCAACUUGAGUGCUUCCACCAUCUCUACUGCUACUACUGUCAACACAUCUUAUACCGAGUCUUAUCAGGUGGCUAAAAAGGUCCUUGCUCAAUUCAACUACAAGCCCUUUGAAUACACUGGUGCUGCUGAUGCUGAGACUGUCUUGGUCACCUUGAGUGCUUCUACCGCUUCUGUGGAUCAAGCUGUGUCUCGUGCUGCUUCUUACUUGAAUGCUAGUGUCGGUCUCUUGACUGUGCGUACUUUCCGUCCUUGGUCCGAGGCUGAUUUCAUUGCUGCUUUGCCCAAAUCCACUCGUCGUGUGGUUGUAUUGGAAGAAGGUGCUGGUCUUUAUGCUUUCAAUGGUCCUCUCUACUUGGACAUUGCUGCUUCAAUUCGUUUCGGUCCUAUUGCUCGUGAUCAACGCCCUCGUUUGGUCAGCGCUCAAGCUACUGACUUCAGCCAUAUCCAUGCUACUCAUAUUCCCUCUCUUGCCAAGGAGGCUGAACAUGAGGCUUUUAUCAACCUUGCUGCCGAGCCCUUCACUGUCGCUGUCUCUGAUGAGACACUGGCCCUCGAAAAGAGCGAUGCUGCUUGGAGUGCCAUCUUUUGGGAUGUCGAACAAGACGGCACUGCUACUGCUGCUAUCCAUGAUGCUCAUCUCGUCAAGGCUGUUCACCCCAAUGUGCUUGUUACUGCCCGUGUCACCCGUGAUGCUUACCGUGUGGGUGGUGCUGUUUCUCGCACCCAUCUCACCUAUGGAUCCACUGCCACUGCUCCUCACCAAUACAUUGCUAUCCACAACGUCGGCGUCAUUCGUGAAUACAACACCCUUGCCCAUGCUGCCAAGAAUGCCACUGUCGUCCUCCACGGUCCCUGGAAGCACGGUGAUGAAAUUGAAGGUGUCUUGUCGAACGAAUUCAAGUUUGGUUUGACUGAAAUCAAUGCUCAACUCUACACCAUUGAUGCUGCUCGUAUUGCUCAAGAACUCGGUUUGAACAUCAAGUCAACUCAUCUUGUGUGGGAGGCCGUCUUUUUGAUUUUGGGCCAAAAGGUAGCUUCUAUUGCUGAUCGUCUGUGUGAACUGUAUCAGGAGAUUGAGCAAACGGGUGAGGAAGAGAACAAGCGCAGCUUGGCUGGUUUGACAACAGAUAUUGUCACUGCUGUUACCAGUGAAUUGACCGCUGUGGAGUUGCUGCCUCCCUGGACCAUCUUGGAAUUGAGUGAUGCUGUCUUGCCUGUGUUGCCUUUGGAUCGUCUGGUGGGUGCUGAGGAAGAGGACGACGUUUUGUCUAAUGCUUCUACUGUGGAGGGUGAAGAAGGUGUUGGUGCUGAGUCUGGCAAGUGGCAUAAGGCUGCCUGGCAAUUGAUGUUCAACGAGGCUUACAAGACUGAAACUGCUAUCCGUCCUGAUUUGCACGAAAACACCUAUGUGAUCAAGGUGGGUGAGAACCGUCGUUUAACUCCUGAUGCCUAUGACCGUAAUGUCUUCCACAUUGAGUUUGAUACCACGGAUUCCAACCUCAAGUACGAGCUAGGUGAUGCUCUUGGUGUCCAUGGCCACAAUGAUUACGCUGAUGUGCAGGACUUCUUGACCUGGUAUGGCUUGAACGGCAAUGACAUUGUUUCUGUCAAGCACGAUGACAAGGGUACUGAAGAGGUCCGCACUGUAUUCCAAUUGUUCAGCCAAACUUUGGAUAUCUUUGGCCGCCCUUCCAAGAAGUUCUAUGAGGCGCUUGCUGCUUAUGCUACUGAUCCCAAGGAAAAGGAACACUUGUUGUUCUUGAUCUCCCCUGAGGGCAAGGAAGAUUUCAAGAAGCGUGUGGAUGAGACUACUACCUACGAAGACCUCUUGCGUGAAUUCACCUCUGCCAAGCCCUCUGUUGAAGCUCUUGCUCAAAUCAUCGCUCCUAUCAAGCCUCGUCACUACUCUAUUGCCUCGUCUCAAAAGAUGUUUAACAAUGCUGUCCACUUGUUGAUUGUUGCUGUUGACUGGGAGACCUCCACUGGCAAGAAGCGUUACGGUCAAUGUACGCGCUACUUGACCAACUUGAAGGUGGGUGACAAUGUCACUGUAUCUAUCAAGCCCUCUGUAAUGAAGUUGCCUCCUCUUGACUCUCAACCUGUCAUCAUGGCUGGUCUUGGUACUGGUAUGGCUCCUUUCCGUGCCUUCAUUCAAGAACGUUAUUUGGCAAAGGCUGCUGGCAAGAAGGUGGGUCCUGUUGUCCUCUACUUUGGUUCUCGUCAUCGCUCCAUGGAGUACUUGUACGGUGAAGAGUUGGAAGCUUAUCAUGCGGAUGGUGUUCUCUCUCAUAUGGGUCUUGCUUUCUCCCGUGAUCAAAAGGAAAAGAUCUAUAUUCAACACAAAAUGAUGGAAGAUGCUGAAAUGUUGAACGAGUACUUGAUGAACCAAAAGGGUCAUUUCUAUCUCUGUGGUCCUACCUGGCCUGUUCCUGAUGUCAAGGAUGCUGUUGUCCAUGGCCUCACCAAGUACAGUGGUGUCACUGCUGCCGAAGCUUCUGCUCUUAUUGAAGAAUGGAAGGAAAAGGAGUCUUACAUUCUCGAAGUCUAUUAA